AUGGUGGCUCAGCAUGGUCCAGAUGGGCAUACAGAGCAAGCAAUUUAUUACCUUAGUAAGAAGUUCACAGACUGUGAGACAAGGUACACAACCCUGGAGAAGACUUGUGCAGCUUUGGUUUGGGCAACAAGGAGGUUGAGACAUUACAUGUUGACCUAUUCAGUCUUUUUGGUAUCCAGAAUGAAUCCCAUCAAGUAUCUUUUUGAGAAACCCGCAUUGACAGGAAGAUUAGCACAUUGGUUAUUGCUCUUAGCGGAGUUCGACAUUGUGUAUGUCACCCAGAAGUCCAUCAAGGGUAGUGUCAUCGCUGAACAUCUAUCCGCACAUCUAGUUAUUGAUAUGAGGCCUUUGAAUGACAUAUUUCCAUACGAAGAUGUAGUUUCUGUUGAGGUUGAAAAUGAGGUUGGCAUUUGGCAAAUGUUCUUUGAUGGAGAUGCCAAUCACAAAGGUUGCGGAGCCGGAGUUCUACUUAUAACUCCUGAAGGGUUGAACAUGCCCAUGGCAUAUAGGUUCGACUUCGAGUGCACCAAUAACAUGGCCGAGUAUGAAGCUUGCCGCAUGGGAUUGAAAGCAGUCAUCUCUAUUGGGGUCAAAAGAAUAGAAAGGGACAAUAACAGGUUUGCCGAUGCUUUGGCUACUCUCGCAUCGAUGGUUGAUUUUGGUCCGGGUGAGCAAAUACAACCAUUCAUUAUAGAUCGGAGAGAUCAUCCUUCACAUCAAGGCUUCGUCAAUGCCCUGACGGUAGAUGGUAGGCCUUGGUUUGCCCAUAUCGUGGGUUUUAUAAGAGAGGAGAAGUACCCUACAGAUGCUACCCAAGGAGAUAAAAGGUUCCUGAGGCGUUAUGCCACCCAAUUCAUAUUACACGAAGACAUUUUAUACAAGCGAUCUUUUGAUGGUGUACAACUGGUGUGCGUGGAUGAAGAUCAAGCACAAACAAUCUUGGAGCAAGUACAUCAGGGAAUCUAUGGCCCUCACAUGAAUGCUAGUAUGUUGGCUAAGAAAAUUCUCCGAUUAGGGUAUUUUUGGAAUACACUAGAAGCCGAUUGCACAGAAUUUGUGAAGAAGUACCAUAAAUGUCAGAUUUUUGCCAACCUCAUCCAUGUGCCCCCAACAGAAUUGCACACGAUGAGUUCUUCGUGGCCUUUUUCCACUUGGGGUAUCGAUGUGAUUGGAAAAAUUAACCCCAAAGCUUCGAACGGGCAUGAGUUUGUGUUGGUAGCUAUUGAUUACUUCACCAAAUGGGUAGAGGCUCAGUCAUACGCAAAACUCACAGCGGCAAAGGUAGCCAAAUUUUUAAAAGAACAUAUCAUUUGCCGACAUGGGAUGCCCCAUGAGGUGAUUUCUGACCAAGGUCAACAUUUUAGGGGCAAGGCACAGGAGUUGUGUGAACAAUUCAGGAUUGCAAGGCACAGGUCUUCUCCUUAUCGCCCUCAAACCAAUGGAGCGGUUGAAGCGGCAAACAAAAACAUGAAGGUCAUACUCCAGAAGAUGGCUGAUAGGAACAAUGAUUGGGCUGACAAAUUACCUUAUGCCUUAUGGGCUUAUCGGACUUCUAUUAGAACUCCAACUGGGGCAACUCCGUACUCUUUAGUAUACGGGAUGGAAGCAGUCCUCCCGGUUGAGCUAGAGGUCCCCUCUCUUAGAAUUCUCAUGGAGAGUCAGAUUCCAAAAGCGGAUUGGCUCAAGUCAAGGAAAUCCGAGUUGUGUUUUGCUGCUCCCAUUAUUAUCAUCAUGGAUGUUGCUUUCCGCCGAUGGAUGGUAGCAAUGAGGGACGACGACCCUGAAGUCCUUGAGGAGGUGCACCUUCAUGCACUCUUUCAGCUCCAGCGCAUCAAUCCAUGUCGUGCUUUGAUACAUGAGGCAUCUCGUUUCUGGAUCUGA